AUGUCUGAAGAAAUGCACUGUUACAACGGGAACAUUAAGGAUGGUCUGUUCCAUGGAUAUGGUAUUUUAAUAUACUCAAAAAAUGAAAAGUAUGAAGGUGAUUUUGCAUAUGGAAGAAGAGAAGGAAAAGGGAAAUUUACAUAUGCUGAUGGUGCAACAUAUGAAGGAGAAUGGAUGGAUGAUAAGAUACAUGGGAAAGGAAUGGCGCAUUUUGUAAGUGGAAAUAUAUAUGAAGGAGAAUGGGAAAAUGGAAAGAUAAGUGGGUUUGGUAUAUUAAAUUAUAAUAAUGGUGAUAAAUAUGAAGGUGAAUGGUCAGAAGGUAAAAUGCACGGAAGAGGCACAUAUAUAUAUGCUGAUGGGGAUAUAUAUGUAGGAGAAUGGAAAAAUGAUAAAAGACAUGGAAAAGGAUGUGUUAAAUAUAAAGGAAGUAAAGAUAAAAUAGCAGAAACAUAUGAAGGUGAUUGGUAUGAAGGAAAAAUGCAAGGGAAAGGUGUUUAUUCCUUUGCUGAUGGCGGAAUAUAUGAAGGCGAUUGGGUUGAUGGGAAAAUGGAAGGAAAAGGUAUAUACAAAUAUUUAAAUGGUAAUAAAUAUGAUGGUGAUUGGUCAAAUGAUAUGAAAAAUGGAUAUGGUAUAUUAACAUAUGCUAAUGGAGAAAUGUACGAAGGAUAUUGGAAAGAUGAUAAAGUACAUGGAAAAGGGACAUUAACUUAUAGUAAAGGAGAUAAAUAUAUAGGUGAUUGGGAAUUUGCUAAAAAAUCUGGAGAAGGAGAAUUAAUAUAUUCAUCAGGCGAUAAAUUUAAAGGAAAAUGGAAAAAUGAUAAAGCAAAUGGAUUUGGAGUUCUUAAUUAUUCUAAUGGAAAUAAAUACAAGGGUGAGUGGGUUAAUGAUCAAAGACAUGGAUUUGGUGUUUUUACAUGUAAAGAAGAUGGAACCAUUUAUUCAGGUCAAUUUUCAUAUAAUAGAAAAGAAGGACAAGGAACAUUGACUUUUUCUAAUGGAACCAUUGUUGAAGGUAUAUGGAAUUCAGGUGUUUUGAUCAAAGUAACAAAAUUUCAGUUAUAUCCAUCUUCUCCCUGGAAUGACCCUGAUUUAUAA